AGGUAGCAGCUAUGCUCCGCCACUCAAGCAUAACCGAGCUCUGAUGAUAAGAAACGCGUGGAGCCAGCUCUUGUUUGGCGUAGUACGGCUUGUGCUACGCAAGCGGUCAGUAGGUAUUAGAAGGGUUUUUUUUCUACCGUACCUCUAGUCUGGGAAGGAGGUGCAACUGCUAUACGAUGAUUGGUGCUGUUGCAAAUUCAGUUUUGCGAGCCGUUCAAUCUGUUGCUGUUUACGCGAUCAGUGGCGUCUAUACGGCUGGUUUCGUGGUCAAGACGGCUUUGGAGUUCCGUGCUGAUCCUACCCCCGAAAAUUGGACCACCAAGGUACGAAAAGUGCCACCAGCGGUCCUGAAUGAUCCUGCCUACGGGAGACAUAAGUUUAUCGAAGUUAAUGGCGUCAAACUGCACUACGUCGAAAAUGGGGAUCGAGAGAAACCGUUGAUGCUGUUUCUGCAUGGAUUCCCCGAAUUUUGGUUCAGUUGGCGUCAUCAGUUGAAGGAGUUUUCCCGGGAGUACUGGACAGUGGCGCUGGAUUUGCGUGGUUAUGGUCAAUCGGAACCUCUGAAUGAACGAUCGGCGUACCAGUUGGAUAUCAUCAUUGAAGAUGUAAGAGCUUUCGUGGAAGCUAUGGGAAAGGAAAAGGUCAUUCUCGUAGGUCAUGAUUGGGGCGCAGUCCUAGGAUUUCAAUUCGUUUCCAAACACAUGGAAAUGGUUGAUCGCUACAUAAUGAUGGGAGCACCCUCACUGGAUGUGAUUCGACGAUUGCUCAUUACAAGCUGGGAACAGUUUCGUAAAUCGUGGUAUACGUUCUUCUUUCAAAUGCCUGAUGUUCCAGAAUUUUACAUCCGGAACAGAGAUUUCCGAUACAUCGAAGAAAAUAUGGGUAAAUUUCUCACCCAUCAAGAGCUCGAAGCUUUCAAGUACACAUUCACCGAGAAGAAUGCUCUCACCCGAGCAAUCGAUUACUAUAGGGAAAAUUUCAGCUUUUUACGCAAAGAAGAGAAACUACCAGAAAUCAAAGAAUAUUCCCCAGGGCUCUACAUCGUAGCUGAAAACGAUCAGUUUAUUUCAUUUCGAAGUGGACCACUUAUGGUGAAGAGUUUCCCCCGACUUCAGUAUCGCAUCGUACCCAAUUCAGAACAUUAUGUUCAACAAGAACAUCCUUCCAUAGUAAACCAAAUGAUUCGAGAGUUUCUCAAUUAAUAAAAUCAACACUCCACUCCUCUAAAAUUGUGAUUAUUUAUUUGCAAGAAUAAAAUCUGUACAUACCAAACAACGAUUAGCUUAUUCUAUCAAACUUCCCCACGUGAAAUGUACUCGAAAAAAUUGCAAUACUUUGUUUUGUGAAUAACUUUUGAAUGUGUGGAUGGAAAUUGAUGAAUUUUUUUUGUGAAAUUUUUUCUAUGAUGUAGAUAUGUACAAAAUUUUGUGAUGAUCUGACUAGUGGUUUUGAGAUAGCAUCGAAUGAAGAAGUGCAUCGAAAGUUUUGAGUGGCACGUGCGCCUUUUAUAGUUCACACUUUGAACCACCUCUUUUCUAAACCAAAGGUUAUUGUUGAUAGCAGGGUGGUAAUAAAAAAAAAUGCACUGGCUUUGAUAGUAAUAUAGCGUAAAGGACCUUUUUUGCACCGCUUUGGGAAGUGGCUAUGCUAUUUUCUAAAAUAAAAAAGUAUAUGUUACAAUUUUUAACUGCUU